AGGCAGCCGCAAGAGACUGGCUACGGCUGGCAGAAGGCAGACAAGCAGAACAUCAACCAACACACUUGCCAGAAGCAGCACAUUCGCUACCAGUCCCCAUCAAGGUGACCUUCCUGGACAAAUUUUCCAUCAAAAUUCACUUUCUCACAGUUGUUUUUGACACGCCGGCACCGAAAGUAGUUACUCUCCUAGUCGAAGACCCCCUGAACAACACGGAUACCCGAGACACUGCUUCGGAGAUCCAAUAAGAACAAAUCAAUUAACCGCAGCGAUAUCCUCAGGAAUUCAGCGUUUGUGUACCGAGGACGAUCUAAAAUUAUUUUCGUUUUCGUUUUCCCUACUCGAGUGAUAGAGUGGAACGUGGAAAAUCGGGAUUCUCCUUCAAUUGUUAUAUAGUGCUCUGGUGAAGCCAUCCCAGUUCGCGUCCUUCUCUCGCCUUGAUCCUGUGUGAGCGUUGAAGUGUCAUAUUAUAUAGUGUGCUUCGGGGAAUGUUAUCAAUCUUGUCCAUAGCAGUGAAAAAAGUAAAGUUGUAAAGAAAAGCUUAAGUUAGUGCGGAAACAAAAUAUAAAUAUUUCCUUUGUCCAAGUAAAUCGCCAGUCUAGCAGUACCUCCUCCGAGUGAGCAUUAGCGUGUAGCGGGGUUUAUCAGUCGUGAGCGCGGCUCGUGUUCAGUCGAGAAAGGUAAACGCAGCAGAAGGCCUCAGUGAAACCAAAAGAACUCAACCGAACGGCGGUGAAGUGUGGAAUUGAAUCGAAUCAAUUGUAAUAUUGAUUAAAAGGAAAGAAACACUGUGUGUUUGGUGUGUAGAACAAAACUUCUCCCAACAAAAUCUAGUGAAGUGUUCAAAACGGUCAAGUGAUUGAUUGUUUGUAAUCGAUAGCACACGGUGGAAGAUUUGCCCGAGUGAUAAAUCAACGCAGCAUCCCAUCAACAACAACUAACUCAGCGAGAUGGAUUUAGUCAAGCCAUUCAUGGAUCUACACGUGGGAGAAGCCAGCGAAGUUAUUCGUGAACAAUGUCAGGAACUGAUACUGUCAGACAAACAGAUCGAGGAGAUCAUGCGGCGGUUGCUGAAGGAAAUCAACAAAGGUCUGAACAAAGCCACACAUCCCGAAGCAGACAUCAAAUGUUUCAUCACCUACGUACAAGAUCUGCCAAAUGGAAAAGAAAAGGGUAAAUUCCUGGCGCUUGAUCUGGGCGGCACCAACUUCCGGGUGUUGCUGAUUCACCUGAAGGAUGAAAACGACUUCGAGAUGGUGUCAAAAAUCUAUGCCAUUCCACAGAGUAUUAUGCUUGGCAGUGGGACACAACUGUUUGACCACAUUGCGGAAUGUUUAGCUAAUUUCAUGAAGGAACAUUCUGUCUACGAAGAAAAACUACCUCUAGGCUUCACAUUCUCAUUCCCGCUAACACAGCUCGGACUGACCAAAGGUAUUCUGGCCCGGUGGACCAAAGGUUUCAACUGUUCCGGCGUCGUCGGCGAAGACGUUGUCCAGCUACUGAAAGAUGCCAUCGCCAGACGAGGGGACGUAACGCUAUUUGUGAUGGCAAUCUUGAACGACUCGACCGGAACGCUAAUGUCGUGUGCGCAUAGCAAUCGCAAUUGUAGAAUUGGAGUGAUAAUUGGCACCGGAAGCAAUGCGUGUUACGUCGAACGGGUCGACAACUGCGAGAUGUUCGACGGACCGAAAGAUCCGAACAAAAAGCACGUCCUGAUCAACACCGAGUGGGGUGCGUUCGGAGACAACGGCAUGCUGGACUUCGUGCGGACAGAGUACGAUCGGGAGAUUGAUCACUUCAGUAUAAACCCCGGAAGGCAAAUACAAGAAAAGAUGAUCUCCGGAAUGUACAUGGGCGAGCUGGCUCGCCUGGCCAUCGUCAAGUUCACCCGGGCUGGCCUGCUGUUCGGCGGCGUCGGGUCCGACAUCCUGUUCAAACGUGGCCAGUUCUUCACCAAGUACGUGUCAGAAAUCGAAUCGGACAAACCGGGUACCUACAUGUACUGCCGCGACGUGCUAGACGAGUUGGGUCUGGAGCAUGCAACCGACGAGGACUGUGCGAACGUGCGCUACAUCUGCGAGUGUGUAUCGAGUCGAGCUGCCCAUCUUGUGUCCGCCGGUAUUGCUGCCCUCAUCAACAAGAUGGACGAAAAGAGUGUUACCGUCGGCGUCGACGGUUCGGUGUAUCGUUUCCACCCGAAAUUCCACGAUCUGAUGAAGGCCAAAAUCAGACAGUUUGUGAAGCCGGACAUCAGCUUCGACCUCAUGCUGUCGGAGGAUGGCUCCGGCCGUGGCGCGGCACUGGUGGCCGCCGUGGCGUGUAGAGAAGCCCACUAAGCAGUACUGCAGUUUCUUAAUACCCGCCCAACCAACCCCCCUCAUCAAGCCCUAUACAACUACUAAACUAGUGAUCUAGAGAAUAAUUACUAAAGCAAAGCCCACACCCACACUGAGAAAAAGAGAUAUAUAAGCAGGAAAGCAUGCAGCAAAAGGUUAAGAAAAGAAUUCUAAUAUAACUAUCUGUAAUAGACAAACUAUUAUUUUAAACUGUAAUAAUCAGGCAGAAGAAUGAACCGAUUGAAACAAAUUAGGAAAUUGCAGGAAUGAUUAGGGGAAAGUAAAUUGUGGAUAUUGUUAAUUAUUUAUUACAAAAGAAAAAAAAGUAAACCGAAAUUGCAAGAGGAGAGAAAAAACACGAAUGUGAAUGCAGAAAUAUUUACCGUGACAACUGAGUUUAGCUGUACAUUAAUUAGUUUUAAUUAUUUUUUUUAUAAAUUAAUAAACAAUUAUACCUUUCAAAGGCGAAAUUCUUUGUAGCACGGCGUUUGAACUGAGGAAAAUCACAUGAAAUGUGAAUUCUCUUCCCAUUAUUACUUUUGAUUCAGUUCCAGCACUGAGUAAAAAUUGAUCGAAAUUGGUUUUCGGAAUGGACGAUGCUUUCCUCAAUUGUAUAUAGAAUAGUAUUGCUAAACAAAGUUUUUUUUUCGCAAAAUUGGACGAGUAAACUCUACCAAGACCUGUAAAGCCCCUGUCGGGGUAAAUCCGACUGGCAUAUGUCAAGAAUUUCAGAUGAUAGCAAACUGUGUUUUUCUUUUACUCCGAUUAGAUAUAAUUUCAAAUCUGAUACACUGCGUGAGUGUACCAAUUGAACGCCGAUUAUUCGUUAGUUCACAUAAUAUGAACCCACAGGAAAGAUACAAGCAGAUGCAAGCGGUACCGUGAUCAUCUAUGUAUGGUCUGUUUAUGGUUCGUUCACCGUUGAACCUGGCUUGCCGAAAGGUAUCCGAUUGGGGAGAAGUUUUAGUUUAGUAACUUCACUGUAUUUUUUAUGAACGUGUCAAUCAUAAACAAGUCAUACAGAUUAAUGAAAAGUUGCAAUAAUGCUUGUGAAUGAUCUAAACUGCAUGUUAACCUUUCUGGACACGCGUUUGUUUGAUCCUGAAACUGCACCGCGCUCGCGUUGUAUACGACGAACGAGAUUUUUUGGUAGUGUUGUACUUUCUACAACGACGUGCGUCCUGAAGGGUUAAACAAAAAAAGCAAAACAAAAGAACUAUGAUUAAAUGGUGUAAAGCAACAAACAACACAGGCACAUUCUUUGUUGUGAUGUCAUUUUUUUUUCUAGUUUUAUCAACUCUAUAUGUUCGGUAAUACUGAUUUAUAGUGAUAAAAACUUAUCCCACAUUCGAGCUAUUUCAGUGAAAACCUCUUAAAAUGUGCAAUAGACCUGACAAAAUUAUUAAUUUAAGUAAUUUUUCGGCGUGACGUUGCAACGAUUGUUUCCCAGAGAAUGUGUCUUGUACGAAAUAAUAGCAAAGUGUACAUUAUUAAAUUACAAGAAAAGUAAGAGAUCAUAAUAAAAACCUAAUUGUAAUUUACAAUAGAAAAGAAAUAAUUAUAAUACUGUUGACAGUGAAAAAAUGAAAAAUAAAGAAAUGCUAUUGAUAUAGUAGAAUACAUCUUAAA